AUGAGUGAAAUUAAUAAUAAUACAACAACAAACACGAAUAAUGUUGUAGAAGAUAAAAAAGAAGAUAAUCAAGUAGAAAUAAAAAAUAAUGAACAAUCUAAUAGUAAUAAUAAUAAACAAGUAGCACAAGAGCAAUCUAAAAUACUAUCAGCUAUAGUCUUUGGUGCUACUAAAAUAUAUGAUGGUGCUGUAUGGUUAGGUGAAGGUUUUGCAAGUUUAUUUGGUCUCGACGAAUCGAAAUAUCAAUUUCAUUUAGACGAACAUAAUAUGAAACAAGAAGAAAAACAAAGAAAAUUAGAUAAAGAAGGUAUUGAGAUAAGUGAAAUGGAACAAGGUACACAGAAGGAUAACAUAGCUAGUCAUACUACUACUUUUAAUUUGAUUGAUUGA